AUGUUUUUUAUUAAAAAAAUUAUUAAAAAAAUCUUUACAAAACAAUCAAAAAAAUAUAAUGUUGUAAAUGAUUAUUGGCCUGAUUUUCCAAAUAAAGAAAUAAUUUCAAAUCAUUCUUCAGAGUUGAUAAACAAAAUUGAAGAUUCUACUGAAACUUCUUUCCCAUUCAUAGAAUAUGAAGAACAAUUUUCAAUAUUAGAUUUAAAAUUUUAUACAAGAUAUGAAGACUAUUUAGAAGCAUUUUCAUAUUUUGAAGCCCAUGCUCGAAGUUGGGUUCAUAUUGAUAUAAUAAGAAAAAAAUAUAUUAGAAAUAAAUUUGAUCAAGAAUUAUCAGAUUGGAGAUAUUAUAGAUAUGAAGAAGAUUUUGAUAAAACAGUUAAAUAUAUUUUUAACAAAAAUUUUUAA